AUGAGCGGCUACUGUAGCUCCGGCAACAAGAAAGACUGUAAAUGGAACAACAACAGCUACUCCCACCUAAUCGAGUGCAAGGAAGAUUCUAGAGUCUCUCUUGACUUUGCUGACCGGUGCUACUGGGCAUUCGGUGACUUCGAGGAGCUGAACAAAUGCCUCGGUCCAGACGAGCUCGCUGUCGGAGCCUGUUCCUCCGGAUCAAAUGAUGACUGUAACAAAAAUGCUUCUGGAGUUCGCUGCUGCGCACUGAAAACAAUGACGGUCAAUCAAUCUUCUUGCUCGUGGCAAUACCCAUCGAACUAUGGCGAGUACCGAAAAUGCGAUGCGAACAAAUACGUCCGAGGAGUUUGCACUGUCGGUCGCUGGGCUUCCGAAAGCUGCGGAUCUUAUGGAAAAGGAGCUCUUUACUGUUGCGCUCUCGAUAACUGA